GACCUCUACUGCAGUUGAAAACAGUGAGUGGGGGGAUCAGGGUGGACUCAGUAAUGUGAAGUUGGCAGUUCGUGUGGGUUUAAACUGGCCUCUUGACCCGUUACUCUCAAAUAACAGCAGCGUAAAGCAGGCCUAUGUGCUCCGCGCUGUCAGUCGCCUUUCCGACCCGGGGAGUUCAGAGUGACCGUCGGUGCUGAGCCGCCGCCGCAGCAGCAACAUGGGUGUGAUCAGCGUGCAGCUGGUGGUUACCAUGGUAAUGGCCUGCGUGAUUCAGAAAAUUAUACCUCACUACUCCUUUGCAAGAUGGCUCCUUUGCAGUGGCAGUCUGCGCUGGUACCAGCAUCCAACGGAAGAUGAGUUGAGGAGCUUAGCGGGGAAGCACCAGAAAGGAGGGAAGAAUAAGAAGGACAGGAAAUAUAAUGGGCACAUAGACAACAAGCCACUGACCAUUCCCAAGGACAUCGACCUACAGCUGGAAACCAAAUGUAUUGCAGAAGUGGACACAUUAGCUCUGCACUACUUCCCAGAGUUUCAGUGGCUGGUGGACUUUACUGUUGCAGCAACAGCAGUGUACCUCAUCACUGAGUUAUAUUUCUGCAUGGCUGAGCCUAGUGGAGAGAUGAACAUCAGUGUCAUCUGGAGUCUGCUGGUGCUGGCCUUUGUCAUAAAGAUCCUUUUCUCCCUCACUGCUCAUUACUUUAAGCUGGAGGAAGGUGGGGAGCGCUCUCUUUGCAUCACGUUUGCCUUCUUCUUCUUUGUCAAAGCCAUGGCCAUCCUUAUUGUCACUGAGAACUACCUGGAGUUUGGACUUGAAACAGGUUUUGCAAAUUUCUCCGAAAGUGCUGUGCAGUUUCUGGAGAACCAAGGUCUCGAGUCCCAGGGCCCUAUAUCCAAACUGACCUUUAAGCUGAUUCUGGCUCUGCUCUGCUCUCUGAUUGGAGCGUUCCUCACCUUCCCUGGUCUGAGAUUGGCCCAGAUGCAUCUUGAUGCCCUCACCCUGAACACUGGCAAAGUGACACAGACUUUGCUGCAUAUCAACUUCUUGGCCCCUCUUAUAAUGGUCCUCUUGUGGGUGAAGCCCAUAACCAAGGAUUACAUAAUGAAUCCUACACUGGGGAAAGAAAGUGUGCCUUUGAUGUCAGAGAAAACGUAUGACACUCUUCGCCUGUGGGCCAUCUUGCUGCUGUGUAUACUAAGACUGGCCAUGAUGCGGCACCACUUGCAGGCCUACCUCAACCUGGCCAAGAAGGGUGUAGAGCAGAUGAAGAAGGAAGCAGGUCGCAUAAGCACAGUGGACCUGCAGAAGAUGGUCGCUCGUGUCUUUUACUACUUAUGUGUGAUAGCUCUUCAGUAUGUGGCACCCCUGGUGAUGCUGCUGCACAUGACUUUGCUGCUAAAAACGUUAGGUGGACAUUCCUGGGGGAUUUACCCUGAAGACACUUAUUCACCUUGCAUUGUGAAUGAAGACUCUCAAGCUGCCACACUUGGGCAAGGAGAGGCACAAGGUACACAAACGGUAGCCCCAUUGUCUGUGGCUUUAGGGGGACUGAGGACCGUUUUCACCCCUUUGCUUUUUCGUGGCCUCCUCUCUUUUCUCACUUGGUGGAUCGCUGCCUGUUUAUUCUCCACGUCCCUCUUUGGCCUCUUCUACCACCAGUACCUAAUGGCUGCAUAGUCUGUGAGGUGCAGUGUGCCUCAGGGGCCACCACAAAGGCCAAUGCUAAAGCAGAUAGGACUGCACAGCUCAAGGCCCAGGAACUCCAUCCGCCAUCUUUCUCACGACCAUAUCAGAGUUCCUCUCUUUACGGGCUUCCUCCAUGGACUUUGUUGUCCUUUUUUAAAUGCUCAAGGUAACCAUAACAAACAAUAACAAUAAUAGUAAUAAUAAUAAUGAGUAAUGAUGACGUAUUGUUCAUAAUGGUGGUAAAUGUGAAUGGAUGGGUGUCUCCUGAAGGGGCUUUUGCUAAAUUCAGAUGGCAUAGCAUCCUUGGAUAUGCAGAGGGAUACAUUUUUAUGAGCCUUUUUUGUUUUAAACACACUGAGGGACACUUUUUAUGUGCAUUGCUAAUGGUUUAUUGAGAUACUGUAUUUUUAGAGCUGAGCUGAAUGGAAGAUGGAUGAUGUGCAAAAAAACAAGCAGGUUUUAUAAACAUGAUUUUUAAAGUCAGUUUUUACAUUUGCAUCCUCCAACAUACAAACACGGCUAUGCUGUAGGUGGGAUUUUCACCCCAAGUGUUAAAACGGAAGGAAACGAGUAUUGUGGUCUACGGUUAUAGCACUAAGGCAGUGGUCAGUGUAGGGGUGUGUCCUAAUUAAAUGUCCAUUUUGUUUGUUUGGUCUGCAUGGAGGGUGGCGGCAAGUGGUUAACAAGCCUCCCCUUAUGAAGAGUCAUGUGUGACUGUAAAAGACUGAGCUAAUUUAACUGUAUAUGUUUGUGUGUGUAUGUGCACGUGUGUGUGUGAAGGAACAAGCGUUAGUAUAAAGACAUCAAUGCCUGCAGGCUGCAGCUGACCCCUGCUGCUGGUGGGCAUAAAUCUAAAAAGGGCAUUUUGAACAAGAAAGGAGCGAUCUCGGAAAACGAUCUAAAAAGCACUGGCCUCCGCUCUUCUUCUGCCCCUCCUUUAUCGUUUAGCUGGUCAAACAUUUCGCUUUGAAUCUAGGGUCCAGCGUGAUCAAACAGAGCCUGUGUGCGCGCUCCACAUGUUCCCGUGUCACCCCUAUUGAUUUGCUGUCACGGAUCUAGUAUUCGGAUUGAUUUCCGUUUAGCUUUUAUAUUAAGGUGCCAAGUAUGCUUGUAACCCCUAAUCUGUUGUGAGUGUAACAUCUGCUUGUGUCCAUUCUCAGCGAUCGCACCAUAUGGCCUGCUGUGAAUUGUAAGUGUUAACACUCAGAUGUACUCUUCGAUGUACAAGUAGUGGUGGGGGGGGAGUCAUGGCUUCUUUACAAAGAGAGUUCAAUGCGUUUCAUGUACCUCAGUAUAGCAGUGCAUGAAGCUGAAACGUACUGAAUUUAAUGAAGCAUCGGUCUGUUUAAAAAAAAAAAUAAAAAAUGGGUUUUGCACUACAGCUCAUUCAAGCAGCACCACAUAGAAAAGAAGCAUAUCAUUUUGUUUUGCAAAUGUCUUUUUUUUCCAUUUUAAUUUGUAUUGAAAUUUUGUUUUUUCAACUCUCAUGAGUUCUAAAGAUAAGUCUUAUCCUCCUUUUCUCUCCACUAGGAAUUUCUGGAGAGCAUGCACAAUAUGAAUGUAUCAAUCCUGCCUGACUUUCAAAUGUAGUUUUAAUGAAUGAUUUGCUUUUCAUUAAUUAAUUAAUUAAUCUGCUCUCACAAAAUGUAUUGCUAAUGACCUUGGCCAACUUGGUAGGCAUAUCUGGCAAAUUAAUUUUUUCAUUUUUGUCUUUACCUCUAAAUAAGGUUUAACAUGCAAAAGGCUGUCAGCUACUGUCUGUAGUUCCAGCUAGGAAUUGGGGUGGUAACACUGAUUUCCCAGCGGUUUAAAAUCUUGACUGAAAACUAGUUUGCACAGCCUUUUCCUCAGUCAUUCAGCUGUUUUCCAAGUGUUAUGGCCCUGUAAACUCUUCACUCUUUACAAGUAAGAAAAUGCUGAAUUACUGGCCGAGUUAUUAUCAGGCCUUUGGCCUUUUUUUUUUCUGUUUCUAUAGCCCUCUCUAAUUCUUAGCACACAGUUGAAGAGUGACCAAGAGUAAAGGAAAGCUGUUAAUCAUAUUAAAUACCUCCUUUUUUGGGCAUCCUUGCUAAUUAUGUCUUUAAAUUUGCUAACCCUAAUGCCAAAUAGUAUAUAAUCGUAGGGUUCAAAUUGACUCGCUUAAAUUUCUCAAGACAGAAUUGACAAAUCAUUUGUAAAAUGUACAAUUUCUUUUGUUUUGUUUUUUCUAGUGGAGAAGUAGCUGGGACACUUUUUAAAAAUUCAUUGAGCCGAAUGGCCCCGUUUGUCUUACUUAAGUGUAUUUUUCAGUACUGCUAUUCUUCGGUUUUAUUUAUUAUAUUUUGGUUAGUUUGUGUUUAAUAAAUGAAUCUUAUGGGAAA